AUGAGCAGUCCUGAUGGUGGAUACUCCAGUGACGACCAGCUCCAGGGAAAGUGCUCCGUGCCAGUCAUGAUGCCCGGCCUGGGCCAGUGCCAGUGGGCGCCUGACACCAUCACCUCUUCCAUGGGGGAGACCAAGGGCAAGGGCGACGCUUCCAACCCCAGGAGUAAAGCCGAAGCCCGGAUCCGCCGCCCUAUGAACGCGUUUAUGGUGUGGGCGAAAGAUGAGCGCAAGAGACUGGCCCAGCAGAACCCGGACCUGCACAACGCCGAGCUCAGCAAGAUGCUAGGGCAAUCAUGGAAGUCCCUGACUCUGGUUGAGAAGAGACCAUUUGUGGAGGAAGCUGAGAGAUUGAGGGUGCAGCACAUGCAGGAUCAUCCCAACUACAAGUACAGACCACGGAGGAGGAAGCAGGUGAAGAGGAUGAAGAGGGCAGAUGGAUGUCUCUACCCAGACACAGAUCUCCCCACCUCUGCAGUGCUCAGCACCGGUGAUGGACUCAUGGCAAUGGACAAUUUCACCAGAGGUUACACUGAGCACAACCAAGUCUCCCAGAACAGCCAUUACAAGGAGCAUCAAUCUGUGGGACACUAUUACAAGCCCUACAACAUGCCAACAUCUCAGAUGACCCCACUGCACUACUCCUCCUCCUCAUCAUCAUCACCCACCCAAGAGGAGAACCAUAUGAUGUCCUAUACUUAUGACACUUCCUAUUCCAUCCACUUUCAGCAGAGCAAUCCAAGUUCAAUGUAUGGAAGACUAGUCCCUCAGGCAGAACAAAGUCCAUUGGGGCAUCAUGAGGAGGUCUCUCCACAUUUUUACUAUUCCCAACCCUAUGUGCCUUCCAGCAGAGCUCUGCAAGUGGCACAACUAGAACACCCAUCACCUCCUCAUGAGCCUGAACCCAUCAGUAGAGAAGACCCCAUUCACCAAAAUCAACUUGUGGGAGACAUUGAUAAGAACGAGUUUGACCAAUAUCUUCUGUUUGAUGUGAAGUUUGAUACAGAGCUGAAUUCUCAUCCAGGUGGAGUUGAUACCACCACCAGUUUGCUGCCAUCUUUGAUCUCAGAAUCAAGUAAUAUUUGUUACUCCAAUUACUGUAGUGUAUGAAGCACUUUUCAUUCCUUGAUAUACUGUGAUGGCCAAUGGGACAUUGAAAGCAA